CUUGACGCAUAACCUGUCAAAAGUCAAAAUAUUGAAUUGUCAUCUACAUCCCAAAAUAAUCACUAAAUAUUUUCUUUAAUUCCAAUUAAAAAAACAUAUUUCUAAUAAUUUUCUUUUAAUACACACGUGUAUCUAAAAUUUCUCAAAAUGUUUCAGUUUGGAUUCAACAUGUUUCCAGAAAUACCUAGACCUUUUAAUAUGACUUACAAAUGUUAUUCCGUUGCGAUGUUCCCAGGAAAUGAAAGACAAGAUGUCGAACGGGGAGGAAAAAUUAUUAUGCCUCCAUCAGCUCUAGAGCAAUUAACGAGGCUAAACAUCAACUAUCCUAUGUUAUUUAAGCUUGUAAAUAAAAAAACAAAUCGUACUACACACUGUGGUGUGUUAGAAUUCGUCGCUGAUGAAGGAAAAGUAUAUCUUCCCUUAUGGAUGAUGCAUAAUUUGGUCCUUUCUGAAGGCGAUUUGGUUCAAAUGGAAAGCAUUUCGCUUCCAGUAGGAACUUUUUCCAAAUUUCAACCUUUGAAUCCUGAUUUUUUGGAUAUUACUAAUCCGAAAGCUGUUUUGGAGAAUUGUUUAAGAUCUUAUGCUUGUCUUACGACUGGGGACGUUAUAGCUGUUAAAUAUAAUCAAAAAGCAUAUGAGCUGUGUGUUUUGGAAACAAAGCCUGGGAAUGCUAUAAGUAUCAUAGAAUGCGACAUGAAUGUGGAAUUCGCGGCCCCAGUGGGCUACAAAGAACCGGAAAGAUUUAAAAAAGAAGAAGAGGAAAUGUCUAUUGAUCCUGCUGACUUAAUGCCAGAACCAUCAGGUUUCGUAGCUUUCAGAGGCGCCGGAAAUCGCUUAGAUGGCAAAAAACGUAAAGAUUCAUCUUCGAGCGACAGUCACGUGUCUAAACCAACUUACGUUAAGGGAAUCCCCGAUUACGAUUACGAGAUCGGCACCUUGAAUUUCAUCAGAAGAACACUGAAGACGAAAGAGAAAGAAAAUGAUGAUAAUGAGGAGUUCAAGGCGUUCAGUGGAACAGGAUUUAGCUUAAGAGCUAGACAGUAGCUUAUGUGUUUCUUCUGUGAUAUGUAUGUUUUCUUUUCUUAGAUUAUUAGAUGCUAUUUUUGUUUUUUUUAUUCAAUAAAUUAUUCUUAAAA